AUGUGUGAGCGAACAAAAUUUUUGUUAAUGAUUAUUUUGGAAAUUCCAGCGAUACUUCUCUCAAUUGUCAUAUUAGUCUAUUUCGUUCUGGAUCGUCAAGCUCGUUCGAAAUUGAAAAAUCAUGGCUGGAUCGUUUUACUGGGUGAACUACGUUUCGUACCACUUUAUUUUUACGAACUCCCGGAACCGAUGUCCGUUACAAACAUCGUGACAAAAAAGCCAAUGCCGAUUUUAUCAUCAAGUCCGUAA